AUCGCCCUGCGACGAGGCGAACAGACGUGCUUUGCGGCGCGCGCUGUAGUUUUGUCGAUUCGCAGUAAAUAAGUAAUACAUAAGAUGAUAAAAUGCCUGUUUGCUGGCUUAUUAGCGAGGAGGGCAACCAUAAACCCAUCCACCUGCCCCACUUACAGGCAGUUGUUCUGGGCCGAGGUCCAGAAACGACAAUUAAAGACAAAAAAUGUUCUCGAGAGCAAGUUGAAUUGAAAGCAGAAUGCAACAAAGGUUAUGUCAAAGUGAAGCAGCUGGGUGUAAACCCCACCUCCAUAGACUUUCUGGUGGUAGGCACAGGCAAUGAGGCUAAAAUGAAGCCUGGGCAGCAGCUUCAUUUUGUCAAUCAGCUCUACCCAUACACUGUACAGUUCAAAGAGGAUCCCACUGGAAAUCAGUGUGGCACCAAAAGACCGCGAGAGUCACCUUCAGAGAACAGAGAAAGCCAAAGAGAAGCUCAGAACAUGAAAGUACCCAAACAGACAGAAAAGCCCUCUGUGCCAGACAGCCAUCGGGAAGCUACAAAAACCACUGAAAGUGUUGGACACUGGAGUCAAGGCCUGAAGACCUCAAUGCAAGACCCAAAGAUGCAGGUAUACAAGGACGAUACAGUAGUAGUGAUUAAGGAUAAAUAUCCAAAAGCUCGAUACCACUGGCUAGUCCUCCCGUGGCAGUCUAUUCCCAGUCUGAAGGCACUGUGUAAAGAGCACUGUGACCUGCUAAAACACAUGCAGCAAGUUGCAGACCAGAUUGUUCAGCAGUGUCCAGAUGUUGGGUCGUUACGCUUUCGCACUGGAUACCAUGCCAUCCCCAGUAUGAGUCAUGUUCAUCUUCACGUAAUCAGCCAAGACUUUGACUCUCCUUGUUUGAAGAACAAAAAACACUGGAACUCGUUCACAACUGAUUAUUUCAUUGAUUCUUAUGAUGUCAUUCAGAUGCUUGAAACUAACGGAAGGGUCACUGUCAAAGAAGGCACAAGUGAACUGUUGAAACUACCUCUUCGCUGCCAUGUGUGUCGCAAGGAGCUCCCCACUAUACCAGCUCUGAAGGAACACCUAAAGUCGCACUUUCCCAAAAAAUAAUAUGGCCGCAAAGAACAUACAGGGCCUCGGGUAAAAUAAAAGUAUGUUCUCUUGGUAUGUUGAAUAUAAUUCUUCUUUGGUAUUUACAGUACUGUAAUAAAUUAUUUAAACAUGUUGUUCAUCUAUAGGUUUAGUUACAUGUUUAAGUAUGUAAUGCAGGUUAUAAGGCCUCGUGUCCUGAGUCCUGAGAUUUCAAAGAUUUCUUCCUAAAGUUUCAGCCUCAUUUAAGUACUGUAGUUGUAAAAAUGUUUGGCAUAAAAUAAACUUAAAAAUUUAAAAUAAUAAAACAAAUGUUUGUUGUAACGUA